ACGACCCCCCCGUCCUGUGGAGAGCCCAAGGCUUGCUAACCAGCUAAACAGGUUCUACUGCAGGUUUGAUCGGUCCUCCCACACAACGGGACUUCCUGCAGCACAAUCUACAUACUCACCUCUCCCCACAACUGCUCUGUCCACACCUCUAUCAUCGUUGUCACCCACUCUCUCUCCUGCAGAGGCCGCGCCCGCACUCCAGAUCCGCGAGGAGGAAGUGCGCCAGAUGUUUCGGAGACAAAAGACCAGGAAGGCACCGGGCCCAGACGGCAUGUCACCUUCCUGCUUGAAAGUCUGCGCUGAGCAGCUGGCGCCCACCUUUGCACGGAUCUUCAACCAUUCUCUGGAGCUGUGUGAGGUGCCCUUGUGCUUCAAGAGCUCCACCAUUGUUCCAGUGGCCAAGAAGCCCGCCAUCACAGGUUUGAAUGACUACAGACCUGUCGCACUGAUAUCUGUGGUCAUGAAAUCUUUCGAGAGGUUAGUGCUGCACCACCUGAAGGAUAUCACGGGCCCCCUGCUUGACCCCCUCCAGUUUGCCUACCGGGCAAACAGGUCAGUGGAUGAUGCGGUCAACAUGGGACUGCACUACAUCCUGCACCACCUGGACACCCCAGGAACGUACGCCAGGAUCUUGUUUGUGGACUUCAGCUCGGCGUACAACACCAUCGCUCCUGACAUACUCCAACAGAAGUUCAUCCAGCAUGCCUCCACCUGUCAGUGGAUCACCAGCUUCCUGACCAACAGGAGACAGCGUGUGAGGCUGGGGGGCAUCACAUCUGACACCCGGACCACCAAUACUGGAGUCCCUCAGGGGUGCGUCCUCUCCCCACUGCUCUUCUCUCUCCACACCAGGGGUGUCUAAACUACGGCCCGCGGGCCGCAGUUUUUAUUGGCCCGCAGCAAAUUCUGAAAACAUAGUUGAAUAUGGCCCGCACAAGAAGCUUGAGCUCAACUCUGUUGCACUUCUCGGUUUCAACCCUAGAUGGAGCCCGCCACACAAAUGAAAUCAAGCCAGUCACUAGAAAUGGCUGCACCCCUUCAUGUUACUAAAUCUGGCCCUCCUUGCAAAAUUUCCAACAUCAAAGGCGACAGGAUCGCGGCUCUUAGUGAACUGUACGAGGCUGUCAGUGAAAAACAGACAGCGCACCCUGACGGUUUCACCAUCUUUGCCGGGGAUUUUAAUCAUGCUAACCUGAAGUCUGUUUUUCCGAGGCUUCACCAGCAUGUUAAUUUUCCGACACGUGGCGACAGCUUCCUAGACCUGGUCUACUCUUCGCAUAAAGAAGCCUUCAAAGCCGCCCCCCUCCCCCAUCUUGGACUUUCUGAGCAUAUCACUGUUAUGCUUUUGCCCGCAUACAGACAAAUGGUGAGAGCAUCCAGACCGGUUCGCAAGCGGGUACGGGUGUGGCCUGAGGGUGCCUCUGAUGCACUUCGUGACUGCUUUGGCACUACUGACUGGGACAUGUUUAGGAGGGCUGCCACUUGCGACGAUCGGACAGACAUUGAGGAGUAUACUGACUCUGUUGCAUCCUACAUCACAAAGUGCAUUGAUAAUGUGACUCACUCAAAAUCCAUCGUCACUCGGGCUAACCGGAAGCCAUGGCUGACAGGGGCUGUCUUCAGGCUGCUGAGGGCCAGGGACAAAGCCUUUAGAGCGGGAAAUGAGGCUGGCUUGAGGACUGCGAGGGCCGACCUGUCCCGGGGCAUCAAGAAAUCAAAGAGGGCGUGCUCUUGCAAAAUUACCGCCCACUUUAAGGACAGGAGGGACGCACAGAGCCUUUGGCAGGUCAUUCAGACCAUCACAGACUACAAGCCCGCGCCGCAGAGCUGUGAAGGCGACAUCCGUCUGCUCAAUGACCUUAACCGCUUCUUUGGUCGCUUUGACCCUCAGAACAGCACUUGCCCGCUUAAGGCCACUCCCCCUUCACACGAGCUGCCCCUGUGCCUCUCUGCCGACAGCGUGAGGAGGGCGCUUGCCGCUGUCAACGUCCGUAAGGCGGCGGGCCCUGACAACAUCCCGGGUCGAGCGCUGAAGGACUGCGCUGGGGAGCUGACGGGUGUCUUCACGGACAUCUUUAACAUUUCCCUGCAGCAGGCCAUCGUUCCGUCGUGUUUCAAGGCUGCCACCAUCGUACCUGUGCCGAAGAAACCUGCUCCGUCCUGCUUCAAUGACUACCGCCCUGUGGGACUUACGCCCAUCAUCAUGAAGUGCUUUGAGCGGCUUGUCAUGGAGCACAUCCGAUCCGUUCUCCCCCCCACCAUGGACCCCUUCCAGUUUGCGUACCGUGCCAAACGGUCCUCUGAGGAUGCCAUCGGCUCUGCCCUCCACUCUGCCCUCACCCACCUGGAGAGAAGGGACUCGUAAGUGAGAUUGCUGUUUGUGGACUUCAGUUCUGCCUUCAACACCAUUGAGGCACAACGUCUCAUCAGCAAACUCGACAAGCUGGGCCUCAAUACCUACCUCUGCAACUGGCUACUGGACUUCCUUUGUCAGAGGCCACAGGUGGUACGUGUUGGCGACAAAAUCUCCGCCAGCAUCACACUGAGCACGGGGGCCCCCCAAGGCUGUGUGCUCAGUCCGCUGCUCUUCGCCCUGCUGACGCAUGACUGCACUGCAACCUACAGCGACAACCGCAUUGUGAAGUUUGGUGACGACACGACUCUGGUGGGUCACCAAGGGAGACGAGACUCAUUACAGGUUGGGGGUUGACCUUCUGACCACGUGGUGCAGGGACAACAACCUCCUGCUGAACGUCGACAAGACCAAGGAGAUUGUUGUUGACUUCCGGAAGGUGCCGGUGACCAUCAACGGUGCUAUGGUGUAGAGAGUGAGCAGCGCCAGGUUCCUGGGGGUGCACAUCAGUGAGGAUCUCUCCUGGUCCACCAACACCGCGUCACUGGCGAAGAAGGCCCAGCGGCAUCCGUAAUUCCUGCGGAAACUCAGGCGAGCGAGCGCUCCUCCGGCCGUCAUGACUACAUUUUACCGCGGCGCCAUUGAGAGCGUCCUCUCCAGCUGUAUUGCUGUUUGGGGUGGUAGCUGCACUGACUACAACAUGAGGGCCCUGCAGCGCAUAGUGAACACGGCUGGUGACUCUCCUGUGAAGCUCCUGAAGUAUGCAGACGACACCACUCUCAUCGGACUGAUCCAAGACGGUGAUGAGACUGCGUACAGACAAGAGGUGGAGCGGCUGGUCCACUGGUGCAGCCAAAACCACCUGGAGCUGAACCCGCUCAAGACCGUGGAGAUGACAGUGGAUUUCAGGCGAGACCGUUCACCACUUUUACCCCUCAUUAUCCGCAGUAAUACUAUUCUCUCCACAGACACCUUCAAGUUUUUGGGAACCACAAUCUCUCGGGACCUGAAAUGGACCGGCCACAUAGACUGUCCGGAAGAAGGCCCAGCAGAGGCUGUACUUCCUGAGACAGCUCAAGAAGUUCAACCUGCCGCGAGAGCUUCUGAAGACCUUCUAUACUGCCAUCAUCCAGUCUGUCUUCUGCACCUCCAUCACUGUCUGGUUUGGAUCAGCCUCCAAACAAGACAAGCACAGACUGCAACGGACAAUAAGGACUGCAGAAAAGAUCAUUGGAAUCAACCUCCCAUCUAUCCAAGACUUGUACCUGUCCAGGACCAGGAAACGUGCAAGGAGCAUCUCUGUAGACCAGGGGUGGGCAAACUACGGCCCGCGGGCCACAUCCGUCCCACGGGACCGUUUAAUCCGGCCCGCC